CGCGCACCCUUCUAUCGCGUGGUGGUGAUCAUCCAUAUUGCUGCUAGUGGUGAAGUUUAGCUUGUAAUUUAGAAGUGGCUCUCGGGCGCUUUUUAAAUGUUUUAAUUCCACACAAACCACUCUGCGUCUUAGACUGAAUGCUAUUUAGUCUAGGGGUGGAGUGGAGAAAGGAGUUCAUUCGAGGAAUACUUCACAUUUUCUUUCUUGAGUAGUAGGCGAAUUUGGUGGUAUCGUGAGGAAAAGGAGAAAUGGCUACUCAGGUAGAGACUCUCCUACCCAACACUCCUCUUAUUAAACCAGAGGAGAAUGGGCAUGCGAGCAAGAUGAUACAGCAUGGAGAGGAUUGUGCUGAAAAGGGUGUGAAGCAGACAUGCGUUUCCGACGAGGGUAACGUUAGCAAUAUGAAAACAAACAACUCGGAACAGGGUGGGAUUGCAACGAAGGAGCUACGCUCUAAACAGGCAAAAGAAGAGAGUAACAAUCAAGAGAAAGACACCCUGGAUCAAGAGAAGCACACGAUUGAUCAAACGGAAGACUGUUUGAAAUGCAGUAAAAAUGAGUUUGCUGAAGCACCCCCGCCCAAGGUGAACCCAUGGACUAAGAAAAAUAAUGCGGUGACCGUGGUCAGCCUGAAUGGACAAUCACAUCAUGAGCCGCCACCCACAACAGGCCCAGCCAAGGUGGUGAAGGCCCCAAACCCCCGGCCUCGGAGAGGAGAAAGGGUUGGAGAUUUUGGUGAUGCUAUGAAGUGGCCAACCCCAGGGGAGAUUGCAACUAAAGAAACGCAGAUUGAGGUUGUGAAUCGGACUGUGUCAUGCCCCAUGCCCGUCAGGCAGGUCAGAGAAGUGGGCUCCACACGGAGAUCCCCAGCCCCCAAGAAGCCUGUGGUGAAGAAAGAGUUGAAGGAGAAGCGUGACACCAACGAGGAGAGCAAGGAGAACCAGAAUGCGAAGUCGGACGACUCUGGAGAGGAGAAGAACGGCGACGAGGACUCUCAGAAGAACAGCGACGAGGACUCUCAGAAGAACGGACAGAAGAAGAAAGGAAACAAGCAUAAGUGGGUGCCACUUAUGAUCGAGGUGAAGUCUGAGGGGCCCAGAGAGCGCUCAGCCUCAAGGAACAACACCCGUCAGAACGAGGUGCCCAGGAUGCCCCCCAACAGGAAGAACGACCUCAGAGACUGGUACAGAGGGAAGUACGAGCGUGAAUGGAGUGACGACCACGAUGAGGUGUCCAGCGUGAGGAGCGAGGGUGCUCCCUUCCGUGCCGGGUUCCGGGGUCAUGGCAGGGGCCGGGGACGAGGCAGAGGCUCUAGAGGUCACUCUGACUACCAUUAUGGCUUCAAGGCCUACAACGGGAAGGACGGCGCCUACGGACAGAAGUUUGGUGCUCCAGUCACCUAUUACUACAACAACAUGAGCAGCAAUGACCUGUACACAGUGGACCAGGGCCUGCUCAAGGACUAUGUCAAAAGGCAGAUUGAGUACUACUUCAGCCUUGACAACCUGGAGCGGGAUUUCUUCCUGCGCAGGAAGAUGGACCAGGAGGGCUUCCUGUCACUUGGUCUGAUUGCCAGCUUCCACAGGGUGCAGGCCCUCACCACUGACGUCAACCUCAUUAUAGAGUCUUUGAAGGACAGCAAAGAGGUGGAAAUAAUUGACAUGAAGAUCCGUCGGAAGGUGGAGCCGGAGAAGUGGCCACUUCCUGGCCUGUCCAUGGGACCGGCCCACAACCAGGUGGACCUGACCCAGCUCAUCCACUGCCCUGAGUUCGUGCCCCGGCAGAUGCCCACUAAGCAGACAGAGUCUGCUCCAGGGUCUCCCCGGUCCUCCACGCCCACCAGGGGCAUGACCAGGGCCUCCAUGCAGCCCAAGAUGGAGCAGGACGUGUCCAACCUGAAGAGCAUGCCCAAGGGACUGUCAGCCAGCCUGCCCGACCUGGACUCUGAGUCCUGGAUUGAGGUGAAGAAGAGACCCAAGCCCUCCCCGACCAGAACCAAGACCCCUUCGUUGCAGCAGAAGGAAGACGCUCUCUCCCCGGUGCCAAAGGCAGGCCUCAGCCUGGUCCCCUCUGCCGCCUCAGCCAAGGAGGAGCAGGAUGAGCCCGAGGAGCUGGACUUCAUGUUUGACGAGGAGAUGGAGCAGAUGGAUGGCCGCAGGAACACAUUUACCGACUGGUCCGAUGAGGACUCGGACUGCGAGAUCGCCGACAACGACGUCAACAAGAUCCUCAUUGUGACACAGACACCGCCCUACCUGCGCAAGCACCCAGGGGGUGACCGCACAGGCCACCACACGUCGCGCUCCAAGCUGACCAAUGAGCUGGUGAAGGUGAUCAACGACGGCCUGUACUACUACGAAGCGGACCUGUGGGAUGACAACUACGAACCCGAGUACGCCACCAUCAAGCAAGAGGUGGAGAACUUCAAAAAGGUUCACCUGAUCAGCCGAGAGGAGUUUGACUGCCUAACCCCAGAACCCCCCGUCGACCCCAAUCAGGAGGUGCCCCCUGGACCCCCAAAGCCCCAGCAGAUUCCCGUAGACGCCUUGGCGAACAAACUGUUCGGUGCCCCUGAGCCUUCCACAAUAGCACGCUCCCUCCCGACUACUGUACCUGACUCGCCCAACUACCGCAUUGCCCGGACACCCCGCACGCCUCGCACCCCGCACCGGAAGGACCCAGCCAUGACGCCCCGUUUCUACCCUGUUGUGAAGGAGAGCUGGCCCGUCGACGCCAAGACCCCCAGGAAAAGGAAGACCAGGCACAGCUCCAAUCCCCCCAUGGAGUGCCACGUUGGCUGGGUGAUGGACUCGCGGGAGCACCGAUCUCGCACCACCUCCAUCAGCUCCAACGCCAGCCCCUCAGAGGGUACACCUGCAUUGGGGGGAAUUGGCUGCACCCCUCAGUCGCUCCCCAAUUUCCAGCACCCCUCCCACGAGCUGCUCAAGGAGAACGGCUUCACGCAACACGUUUAUCACAAGUACCGUCGACGCUGCCUAAACGAACGCAAGCGGUUGGGCAUUGGCCAAUCCCAGGAGAUGAACACACUGUUCCGUUUCUGGUCGUUCUUCCUGAGGGAUCACUUCAACAGGAAGAUGUACGAGGAGUUCAGACAUCUGGUGGUGGAGGACAGCAAGGAGGGAUACAGGUACGGUUUGGAGUGCCUGUUCAGGUACUACAGCUACGGACUGGAAAGGAAAUUCAGGCCAAACAUUUUCAAGGACUUCCAGGAGGAGACCAUGAAAGACUACGAAGCUGGCCAGCUGUAUGGACUUGAGAAGUUUUGGGCAUUUCUUAAAUACUCCAAAAACAAGAACAUGGGGAUCGACCCCAAGCUGCAGGAGUGCUUGAGCAAGUUUAAGCGUCUCGAGGAUUUCAGAAUCGAUCCCCCGAUGGAGGAGGGAGGCCGCAAGAGACACUCAUCCAGCGGAGACGGUCGCCGCCACCACCCCUCCCAGGGCUCCAGCCGCCCCCACAGCCAAACUGGCUUCGGCCCAGCCCAGUUCGCCCAGGGCCCCACCAGGGAGGAUGCCAAAAUCAGCUGCCAGAGCCAGCGACCCGCAGCCCAGGCCUCGGCAACCGCAUCAGACGCCCAGCCACCAAAGUAACCCCAGACAACCCUCAGCCACUUGGAUCAACUCAACGUCAUUAAAUAUUUUCGGCGCCGCAAGAAUGAGAGAAUGGCUUUCUGACGAACGGCUUGUGAUUGAAUAAGUCAAGGCUCUUCCAUUUUGAUUUAUUUUGUUUGAAACACCCAGCGUUUUGACUUAUUAGAGACGAAACUGAAUGACUAUUGAAGGAGUGGAUGAAGUAUUUUAUUUUGCAAACCUUGGCAUAUAUUCUUCCGUGGUUACAAUGUGGGGAAUGGACAUGGUUUCUGAGGUCGUUUGAUGGCAACUGCGAACCUUGUGAUUCCUUUCUAUUGAUGGACCCCCAUUCCACUUGACACAUCUAGUUGGUGGAUUAGAAAUUGAUGCUUUGAAAUAUACAUAUUUAACUUGUUUUUGCGCGAGAGAGAAAUAGAGGGAGAAAAAAUAGAUGAAAAAACACAAACCAAAUGAUUUAAAAAAAUGACUUGUACCGAUCCCUCAGUAUGAACAAGAUCAUUGAAAGUUGCCUUAUUUUAAUGUUUUUUCUGCUUUACUUGUGCCCGCCACCGUGAUGUCGAUUGUACAGCAUUGAUAAUUGCAAAUAUGCAACAUUGGUCACCACCUACAGUAGUGGCCACUCAGUGACUCCCUGCCUGCCAAACAGUUUUGAACACAACCUGCUGAACUGUCUUCCAAGUGUCCUAAAGCCUACCCCUUCGCCCACACCUCAGUGUGUUUGCAAUUUGUGGCUCUUUGUGCUAAAAUGCUUUUGCUGGGGGGGGCGCAGCCGCUCCUGACAUCCCCCCACAUCUAUCCAUCCAUCAAUCACCAUUGAGGCUACAGGACUGGAAUCACCAAUCUGGAUUACUUGAAGAAAAAAAAAGAGCGGAAAGGUUUAUCAGUAGAUCUGGUGUGCUGCGGUGGUUGCUUUGGGGAGAUGUGUGGUGGGUUAUGUUUGGGGGUUGUGGCCUGCUUUCCAGGGCUAAACAAGGCAGGGUUUCAGUCUGCAGCUUAGCAUGGCCUUUAACAUUGCAUCCCACCACCGCUUCCACACACACACCCCUCAGUAUGUUUUUUUUCCAGAGAGCCCUGAACCCAACCCACCUUCCCAUGAACAGCUGACUACAGUCAGAUAAACUAUAAUAAUCUGGUGUGGAUAACAUCAUCUUUAUCCGACAGAGGACUGAUGGUAUCAAAUAUAUGAGUGAUUUAAAAUUUUUCUUCACUAAAAUGUGAAUGGGACAGAACUUACACCUCCCGGCUACUUGUUUUAUUGUUUAUAGAUCAGUUUAUAUAUAUUCGCCUUACAUGUGUACAUACUUUUUAUUUUAAAGGGUCUGAAAUUCUAAUGCUUUUUUAUUUGCUGUGUUUCUAGCUAUGCUGUGGGUAUGUCUCAGUAUUGCUAUGCAUUUGUUGAAACCUCUGGACUUUCAGAAAUGGGAACAUAGUACAAAUAAAGGGAGGGACAUUUACAUUCGGUCGUCAACUGACAUUCAAUGCAACAACAAAUCACACAUUUCCAGAACAAGUUCAUUUUCAAAACAUAGCUAAUUUGCAGAAUUUAAAAUAUUUUUUAUGAUGAAUUCCGUUUACAAAUUGCAUGAUGUGAAGCACUAGUGUGUGUGUUCAUGCCACGGCAAUUCAAACUUUCCACAAAUCAUAUCAUGAGCCAAAGUCAAAAUAUUCCCCCUAACUAGUUAUUGAUCAGUGUAAUGGUCCUCUUUAAUUAAAUAUCAAUUGGCAUAAAUAAGAGUUAUAACUGUUCCUUCUGCUGGAGGUUGAGAAGUGAUUCAUAUUCACAGGUGGUUCUGCUGUGUUAAAAUUUAAAACAAACAUGAAGACAAUUGGACAUUCUAUUUUCAUUAACUGUCAUUGUUGAAAAAGUUGAGUUUCACGAGAAUUAACUUUCUUUUUAAGCUUUUAUUCCCUGUCUUGUGGGUUUAACUCAAGGGAGCUGUGAGUCAAUUGAGUGGGCUUAUAGGCUUGAUUGAAUCACUCAAAUUGUUUACUCAAGGAAUUAAAGACAAAUUACUUUCCGAAUGCACCCCCAGUGAAUGUGACCUAUGGGUGUGUGUGUGUGUGUGUGUGUGUGUGUGUGUGUGUGUGUGUGUGUGUGUGUGUGUGUGUGUGUGUGUGUGUGUGUGUGUGUGUUUCCCACUCGUCCUAGACCAGGAUAGAGGGGACAGGUAAGACCUGUCCUUUGGGGUCCAGUCUAAUCGUUAGCAUAGUGCAUCAAACCCUGUGGGUGGAACAGUUGGUGCUCCAAUGAACUCAGCAGAGACACCAGGCAUGGCCCCCUAGCGUCAGAUGGACUGGGCCGGACACUGGAGAGAAAGAGGGGAAGGGAGGACGUAACCCACUUUGGGUUUGUCAAUAUUCAGAGGUUAUGAAUGGCGAUAUCGUCUGGGGACUGAAAAGGACACAAUUCCAUAAAGCCAUAUAAAUAAAAAUAGCUGUAUAUGAACCACACAUUUUGUAAUAGUUCAUUACCAUCACAAUAUCCUAGGCUUGUCAUCAGGGGGGGAAAAAGAAUACAAAUAAAUGUAAAAUACUUGAAUGAGAUCUUGUAUUAUAGCAUUUAAUAUCCAUAAUAUCUGCUUUGUAGGCUGUGAUUCGCUAUUAGUGUUAUUUGUAGUAAUUGUGCUUUUCCUUAUAUAUAUAUAUAUUAAAAAAAAAAAACAUUAAAUGGACAAAAAAAACUUCAACACCAA